AUCCCAAACGCGCCUGCCCCCCUCACAUUCCCCCGUUGGCAUUUCAAACUCUCCAUGUUGUCACCAGCGCUCGCCUCGACCACCAAGCUCUUUUACCCCUCUGCCCGCGUGAAAUCCAUAGAUUGGCACUCGAUGCUACCGUGGGUGGCCCUGGGCCUGUAUUCAGGCGAUGUCGUCAUCUUGGACACGACUUCUCCUCGCGACGGCAGCCCGUCCGUCGUCCACACGAUUCACGUGUCGAAGCAACCAGUUCGUGCUGUUCGGUUCAUUCCCCAGAAGAACUGGAUCGUCGUCGGUUCGGACGACUUGUUCCUCCGCGUGUACGACUUGACGGACUGGGCCCUUGUGAUUGCAAUCGAGGCAGCCCACGGCGACUACAUUCGCUGCCUCGACAUCCACCCGUCCCUGCCCCUCGUCCUCUCCUGCGGCGACGAUGCCCUCGUCAAGACAUGGAAUUGGGACCUCCACUGGGCCAACAUCGACACGUUUACUGGCCACUCCAAGUACGUCAUGAUGGCCAAGUUUAGUCCUCAAGGCGACACCAUUGUGUCGGUGUCGAUGGACUGCACCAUUCGCAUGUGGAAGCUGGGCGCCCCGUUGGCCCCCGUCUUUGUAAUUGAACACGCCCAUGCUAACGGCAUCGACUGCGUCGGCUUUGACGCGACGGGGUCUCAGCUUGUCACGGGGGCCGACGACUUUACGUUGAAGCUAUGGGACGUCAACACGCAACGCCUGAUGAAAACGCUGCCCGGACACUCGGGCAAUGUGACAUCGGCGGCGUUCCUGCCCUUGGCUCCGUCGAUUGUGGUGUCGACCAGCGAAGACAAAUCGGUUCGCGCCUGGAAUAUCUCGACCGGGGCGAUUGUGUGGUCGCUUGUCGACGCUGGCGACUUGGGGCGCGCGUGGGGGGUUUCCUGCAAGGCAUCGCACGUCGCGAUCGGGUUCGACCAAGGCUGCUGCCUCGUCGACAUCCACGCGUAGAUUCGAUUACAAUCGACAAAGUAAGAAUGGAGUGAUCGUUCGUUUCUUGGAGA